AUGAAAAAGGAAGAAGACGAAAUUAAGAACAAAAUAAAAGAACAUAUAUACAACAAUAUAAAAAAGAUAGAACAAGAAAAUAACUUUCUGGAGGACAGGAUAUAUUAUCAUAUGAGAAAGGACUAUGAAAAAAAUAUUGAUAAUAUAAAAGUAAAGGAUAACAUAAAAAGUAGUAAUGAAAUGAAAAAUAAUAAAUCAAGUAACAUUUAUGUGGGUGACAAGCCAUACGAUACAUUAUACGAAAACAAAAAUGUAAUUAUAAAUAAAAAUAAUGUUUUAUCAAAUUAUAUUAAUCAAAAUGAAAUAGACAAGAAUGUUUUAAAACAAUUACAAAGAAAAAAUACAGAAUAUAUUAAUGAAGAUAUGAAAUAUGUAUCAUCAAAUUAUAACAAAGGCUUAGAAAAUAAUAAUAUACAUCAUAAUGAUUAUAAUAGUAGUAAUACAUAUAAUAUGUAUAAUAAUAAUAAUAAUAAUAAUACAAGUAAAUAUUUAGAUUCUGUAGAAUUUAACAACACCUUUAAUAAUAUUACAACAUGUACAAAAAAUGAAAAUGUGAAUAUGAAUGAACAAGAUAAUAAUGUGUAUAAUAAAAUAAAUAAAAAUUAUUUAUUAUUAUUGAAUAAUGACGAAUUAAAAUGGAUAAGAGGAAAAAAUAAUUACUCCAAUAAUAAUAAUAUGAAUAAUAUGAAUAAUAUGAAUAAUAUUAAUAGUAGUAAUAAUAUUAAUAGUAGUAGUAAUAAUAACAAUAGUAAUAAUAAUAUUUAUAAUAAUAAUGUGUAUUCUUUAGAAAACAAUGUCAAUGUUUUAAAUAAUAACAAAAGAGAAUAUAAUAAUAACCAUUUAGCUAGAUAUAAUGAAAAUAUGGAAUAUAUAUCUAUAAUUCCUGACUUACUUAAAUCAUAUAAUUCCAUAUACGAUAUAAUAAACUUUGAUCAUCUUUCUUUAUAUCAGGAUAAGGAUACACAUAAUAAAAUAAAUAUAUUGAGUAAUCAUAUAGAAGAUGAACAAAAUAAUAAUACUAUCAUGAAUAAUAAAAUAUUUCAACAUCAAAUGAAAAUACUUGAAACGAAUAAGAAAGAAAAUGAUAUAUAUCUUGAGAAAGUAGACAAAUAUAAUUUACCAAAUAAUAAUAAUAAUAAUAAUAAUAUGAAAGGUUCCUAUAACAAUGAAAAAAAUAAUUAUGUACAUAAUUUUUUUAAUAAUUGCCAACAAUAUGAUAAUGAUGAUGAUAUUAAUAUUACACAUAGUAAUCAUCAAACUAAACAAGCUGAAAAAAUUUGUAAUAACAUAAAGAAAACUAAUAAUAUACUCUUUAAUAAUUACAAUAAUCUUGGAGACAACAAUUAUUUAUUGGAUGAAAAAAAUAAAAACAUAUUUAGAAAUAAUAAAAAAUAUGUAAAUGUUGAACAACCAACCAAUUUAUAUAAUAAAAAUGUAGAUCAUAUAAGUACGGAAAAUUCAAAUGGGUAUGAUAAUAAAUUCUGUAUAUCCUUUAUGAGUAAUAUGGGUUCUUCUAUUUUUAAGGAUGUGGUUAAUAAUAAAUCUAGGAGUAGCUAUAACGACGAUUUUGAGAGAGACAUAAAUAAUAAAAUGAUAAACGGGGGUAAUAAUAACAUAAAUAAUGUGAAUAAUACGAAUAAAAUGAAAUUUAUGAAUAACACGAAUAACAUUAAUAAUAUAAAUAAUUAUUAUUCCAAUCUUUUUAAUAGUCCCAUAUCCUCUUUGAAAAAUCAAAACACUCAUAUGAAAGAAAAAGAAAUAAACGUUUCACAGCAAAAAUAUGCACAAGCCGCAUUUAAUUCAUAUAUUGAUGGUCAAGAAAAUAAAAUACAUAUUAAUAAUAAAGCUUUUUCUAAACAAAAUACCUAUAAUAAUUCUGUUGAGCUGAAUACAAAUAAAAAAAUAUUUAAUGUAAAAGAUAAUAAUAAUAAUAAUAAUAAUAAUAAUUCUUUUGUUAGUAAUAAGGAGAAUAUAUUAAAUAUGAAUAAGAUUAAUAUAAACACAGAUAUGAAUACACAUAUGAUCACACAUAUGAAUACACAUAUGAUCACACAUAUCAACACAUAUGUAAAUAAUAAUAUAUUAAAUGAAGAUGAAACAAAUGUAACAUAUAAUACGUCAAACAUAAUUAAUUUGGAUCGAUCAAGAACAGGAACAUAUUUUGAUAGGAUAAGCAAGAAUGAAGAUCAAAAUUAUAUUAUUAAUAAUAAAGUUAUAUUAUUUGAAAAGCCGAAUAGUAGUCAGAACGAUAAUAUGACAAAAGAAAAUAAAUAUUUUAAUAAGGAUAUAUAUAUAAGAACAGAAGAUAUGUAUAUAAAUUCGGAUAACAAAUCUAAUGAUAUUAUAUGUAUAAACAAUCACCAUAAUAAUAAUAAUAAUAAUAAUAAUUACAUUGUGAACCAAGAAGAAAUGUAUGCUACACAUCAUGUACCUAGUAAAAGUAAUAAAAGUACAAAUCUUAUACAUGAAAAAUUUCCAGAAGGUAAUUUGGAUUAUUCUCAUAAAUCAUAUAAUGUAUACAAUGACAAUAUAUUAAAUAUAAUACAUUCAACAAGUGGAACGUCUGACAAGUUUGAUAAUGUGGGAAACAAAAUGGUGAAAAAAAUGAACUUGAAUAAUAGAAAUAAAAAUAAAAAUAACACCAACAAUAAAAAUAAUGUGAUAACCACCACCACCACCACCACCACCACCAACAACAACAACAACAAUAAUAAUAAUAAUAAUAAUAAUAAUAAUAAUAAUAAUAACAUUUACCAUAAUAAUUAUCACAAUAAUUAUCACAAUAAUUACCAUAAUAAUUACCAUAAUAAUCAAAAUAAUAAUUAUAACAACCUUUGUAGUAGCUGGAACGAAUCAGCCGUUACACAUAAUGUAUCCAAUUAUAAUAAUAGAAAUGCAUGCGAAAAAAUAAACAUGAGUUUAAACCAGAAUACACUUUGUAAUUAUCAUGAGGAUACAAACAAAUUAAUGGUUUCAAUACUUCAAAACAUUCGUUUUUAUAGUAACAAAGUUUAUAAUGAUAUAUUUUUAAAUAUCGAUAGUUACAAGAAAAAGAAAAUGAAUGAAAUAAAUAUAUAUUUAUUAAAAUUACGAACCAAAAAUUAUAAUGAUUUUUUAUAUAAUUUAAAUAAAUUUUAUGAAGUUAUCCUUAGUAUGAUAAAUUCUUAUUAUGUAUGUAAAUAUAAUUCUUCCAUUAUAUAUAAUAUAUGUGUUGUUACAAGAAAUCUAUUAUUAUUACUUCCAUUAGGUAUAUAUAUAUUUUAUAUUAUAAAAACAUGUAUGUAUUGUACGUUUAAAUUAAUAUUAACCAAACCUAUAAUAGUAACGGAUAAAACAUGGUUCUUUUUAUUAUAUUUUUAUAAAUUGCUUUUUGAAAAAUUAUAUGAAUAUUUUAAAUUGUAUUUUAUAUAUCCUAUGAAAAAUGAAGAAGAAAAUAAAAAUAUUACAUCUCUUGGAAUAAUACUCUCUUUUAUAAAUAUAUUUAAUGAAACCAUAUCUCAGUAUUCAAAAAUUAGAGUUAUAUCUAGAAAUAAAAAGAAGGAAGAAAUCAUUGCAUACCCUUUAUAUGAAUCUUUAAAGCCUUUCUUAUUUAUAAAUUAUUUUCAGCAUCUAGUAAAAUUAAAUUAUAUCCAAACGCAUACUACUGAAGAAAUGGUUAUACUCGAUCAUAUGGAUAGUCGUACUAGUACCUACGAAAAAGUGCACGAAGAAAAGAAUAAUAAUGGGACCAUUGAACAAAAGCAUAGUAAUUACGAUUUUGAUAAGGACUUUUAUUAUUACAACAAAUAUGAUAAUAAUGAACAUAAUGAAGAUAAUAAUGGUGGUUAUAAUAAUAAAUCCUCCAUACAUUAUUAUAACCAUUCAUUUUAUUAUAAUAUCGCAGAGAAUAAUCCAAAUGAUUUACAUGUAUUUUCCAAAUGUGCAGAUAUUUUAUCGUGUGAAAAAAAGAAUAAAAAAAAAAAAAAAAAAAAUCACGAUGUAAAUAACCAUGUAAAUCACGAUGUAAAUGCAGAUGACGAUUUAGAUGAAGAUAUGACAUGGAUGUAUGAAAAUAAUAUAAGUACAUACAACGAUAAAGAUAAAAAUAUUGCAUUUUUAUAUGAAGAAAAUAAAUAUAGUGAUUCACAUAAUAUAGGGAAUAUAAAAUAUAUUAAUAAUAAUAUAUAUGAAAAUGAUGAUGAUAAUAAUAAUAAUAAUAAUAAUACGUAUAAAGAAAAAAAGGAUUCAAAUAUUUUACUAGGUACACAAGAUAAUUAUGUUUAUAAAAGAAAACUGGAAGAUGAAUUAAUACUUUCUAUAAAGAUAAAUUUAUUAUAUUCUAUACAUAAUUUAAUUAAAAUGUUUUCACAUGUAUAUAUAAAUGAUUGGAAUAAAGUAUUAUAUUAUUAUAAUGAACCUAUACAUAAGUAUAUUCCUAUAUAUAUGUAUAUAAUUUACUAUGAUAAGAAUCAAAAAAUAAGGACUAAUGCUAUACUAUGUUUAAAAUAUCUAUUUGAAUGUAAACAAAUAAAAUACAUAUUUAUGUUAAAAAAAGACAAAAAUGAAAAAUUUGAAGUAAUGGAAAAUAUCGAUCCUAAGGAUAAUACUAUAAACGAUGAAGCUAAUAAAAAAUGCACAACAAAUUAUCCUAGCACAGAACAGAUUAAUAAUACAACAACGGCAACGAUAAGAGCAACAAAUGUUAUUAUGAACAAGAAUAAAAAUUACAAUAAUAAUGAUAAUAAUAAUAAUAAUGAUAAUAAUAAUAAUAAUGAUAAUAAUAAUAAUAAUGAUAAUAAUAAUAAAAGUAUCCUUUUGGAAGGUACAUAUAAUAUACUAUCUCCUAUGUAUAACAACCGACGUGUCACACAAAAUAAUAAUUCAUAUUUUGAAGAUAUUACAAAUGCACAUAAUAAUGAUUCGUCUAUUAAAAUGAUGUAUGAUGAAAAUAUUUUUAAUUCGAUAUCUAUAGAAAUGGACGCCGCAGAAAAAAAUAUAAGAAACAAUAUGAAUACAUCUAUCAUAUCUCAACAUUUAACAAAUAACAUGAACAAUAAUAACAAUAUUAAUGGUUGUGGUUCCAAAAAUUUUGCACUAAAUUCACAAGAUGAUCAAAAUGGAAAUAUCAUUUCUUAUGAUAAUUAUAAUAUUUAUAACAAUAUGUUACUUUUAAAUUCUAAAAAAAAAGAUCAUAUAUAUUUUUUUUCAAAUGUCAUAUGCGAUAUAAAUAAUAUAAAUAAUAAUGUAAAUAAUAAUGUAAAUAAUAAUAAUAAUAAUUGUAAAAUGAAUAUGACCGAAUCAAAUAUAAUUUUUAUCAUUUCUAAUUUAACCAAACUUAUUAUUAUGACAUACCUAGAAAAUAAUAAAAACGGUUUACACUCGUCUAUAGAUAGACUAAAUAUCUAUCGCUUCUUUUUAAGAGUAGCUCAAUCCAUAUCUAUGACAAAGUAUAAAGAUAUAUUAUCUAUAAUUAUGAAAAUAUUCUUUUUUUAUUUGCUAAAAUAUGUUAUUUAUUUUAAUCAUGGUGAUGUAUUCUAUUCUUGUAUACAUAAAAUGCUUCAUAAUAAAAGGAAAAAGAAAAUUCACGCAAACGAAAAUGGUGACACAAACAAAAAUGGUGACACAAACGAAAAUGGUGACACAAACGAAAAUGGUGACACAAACAAAAAUGGUGACACAAACAAAAAUGGUGACACAAACGAAAAUGGUGACACAAACGAAAAUGGUGACACAAACAAAAAUGGUGACACAAACAAAAAUGGUGACACAAACAAAAAUGGUGACACAAACAAAGGUUGUGAUACAAACAAAGGUUGUGAUACAAACAACGGUUGUGGUAGUAGUACAGAGAAUUAUUAUAACAAUAAAAAUUCUGUGCAAAACUAUUUUACAAUAAAUGACGAGUUUCAUAUGGAUCCUUUUCUUUAUAAUGAUGAUAACAUUAAUGAACUUGAUUUUUUUAUAAAUGAAAAGAAUAAAAAAAAACAUAUGAACGAUAAAUAUAAUAAGAAUAAACAUUCAACAUCAAAUAACAUAAAUGAAAACGAGUUUCAUAAUUUAGAUUCUAUAGAAGACGAUGAACGUAUUUUCAUCUCCCUAAAUAAUUAUUUAAAAAAUUUUAAGUUUUCUGAUGAUAGUGAUCAUGUGGAUGAAAAGCAUAUGGAUGAUACAUCAGAUGACGAGAAUAAUAAUAUCAAGACAAAUUAUUGCAUAGACGAAAAAACAAAUAUGGUAAAAAUAAAUAAUGAUAUCUCUUAUAAUUAUGUUGAUAUGAAAAGAGGAGAGCAAACUAAUAGUAAUGAUGAAUAUAAAAAAAAAAAUUCUUAUUAUAUAAAAAAUGGGGAUAUGGAAAAUAUGAAUACAAAUAAUGAUACAAAUAAUGAUACAAAUAAUAAUGCUAAUUUUAAUUUAUAUAAUGAACAAAUAAACAAAACGGAGGGAAGAAAAAAUAAAAAUAAAUUAAAAUCGUUAGAAUAUAUAUCCUGUGAUUGUUAUAAUAUAUUAGGUAAUAAUAAUAAAGAGGAAUUAUUAGACAUAUUGAAGAUGGAAAAGGACUUGAAAAAAAAAAAUAAAACAAUGAAAAUGAAUACACAAGAUAAUAUAAAUCAUAUGAAUGAUAUGAAUGGUAUAAAUAAUAUAAAUAAUAAUAAUAAUAAUGGCAAUAGUAAUAAUUCCUUUUAUGAUGUUAAUUUUUUAUAUAAAAAUAUCGAUCAUCUAGAUAGAAAUCAAUUUUCUAGUAAAGAAUCAUACGAACUUUUAAUAAAUAUUCUUUAUUCAAAUGAAUAUUCGAAAAAUUCAAAAUAUAUAUGUACAAUUACUGUUAUUAUUAAUAUAUUUUCUAUCUUGUUAUGUGAAUAUAACGAAGAUGUAUUUCAUUUCUUAUGUUCUAAUAUUUAUGGUAAAAAUGUAAAUGAAUAUUUGAAUGAACACAUUAUUCAGUGUCCACAAAUUAAACAACAUUAUGUGUAUAAUAUAUCCUUUGCUCAACUUAUUUAUUUUAUGUUGAUAUUUUUAUACAAAAUAUUUUUCCAACCUAUAAAAACCACAGAUACUAUGUUAAGCGAUGUACCGAAUAAUGAUAUAUUAAACAAUGAUAUAUUAAAUAAGGAUAUAUUAAACAAUGAUAUAUUAAACAAUGAUAUAUUAAACAAUGAUAUAUUAAACAAUGAUAUAUUAAAUAAACUCCCCUUUGACAUUCCACAAGUUAGCAACAACCUUGGACCUACUACUCAGAAGAAUAUAAAUUAUAUGAAUGAUAAAAAUAUGAUGGAUGAAAAAUUUUUGGAAGACGAAAAUUUGUUUAAAAAUGUAGAACAUGUACAAAAUAAAGAAAAUAAUAAUAGUAGUAAUAAUAAUAAUAGUAGUAAUAAUAAUAAUAGUAGUAGUAAUAUAAAAAAUGAAACGAAAAAACAACCACUUAAUUUUUACAACGAAUUAUAUGAUAAUUAUAUAUUAUCAUAUAUACAAACCGAUAAUGUAGAUCGAAAUAAUAUACAUACUUUCGAUAAAAAUAAUUCUAUACCAUAUGAUGUACAGAUAUUUAAAAAUAUAUUUUUAGUUUUUCAAAAAACAUUAAAGUAUUAUUUAUUCUGUUAUAUGCAUUGUUGGAAAGAUGUAAAAGAUUUAUUAGAAUAUUUCUUACAAACAGACAAUAUUAAUAUAAAAAUUAUAUCCAUAAAAAUUAUUAUUGACAUAUUUACAUUUAUAAAUUCUUACUAUGAUACCCAUGAUAAUAAUACAAAUGAUAAUCUAUCAACAUAUAAUAUAGAUGAACACGUAAAUAUUAAUAACCAAGAUUAUAAUAAGCAUCCUAUGACAAAAUCGGAUAUGAAUACAGAACGUUAUGACGUGUAUGAAAAUAUGGAACCAACAAAGGAGAAGAAGAAAAAUAACAGCAGCAACAAGAAAAAAAAAAAUAAAAAAAUAAAUGAAAGGAAAAAUAAAAAGGACACACAAAAUAAUAACUCGGAUAGUAAUAAUAGUGAUAGUAAUAAUAAUAAUAAUUAUAGUGAUUGUAGUAAUAAUAAUAAUAAUCAUAGUGAUGUAAAAAGUUUGAAGCAUAAUUUACAAACGCCCUCUUCUCAAAAUAAAACAAAUGAUCCUCAUCAACACACACCCCAACCCCUUGAAGAAAAUAAUAAUAAUAAUAAUAAUAAUAAUCCAUAUUGUAAUGUAAAUCAAGAGGAGAACCCAGAUAUAAUAAACCAAUGGGAUAAAAGCAAAUCAGAUGGAAGCACAUGCAGCUCUUCUCAUUCCAUAAGAAAUAUAGAAGACACAUUAUCAGAUAUAUCAUUUUCAUCAUCUUGCGAAAAAAAAAAAAAAAAAAUUAAUAAAAAUAAAUCUGAAAAAAGAAUUAACCGUAAAAAGUGUGAUAAAAAAGAUUGUCUAAAAGAUGAUGAAAAUAUAUCGAUGAACAAAAAAAACAACGAUGUAAAAACAAAACAAAAAGGAAAUAAGGUUAACAAAACAAAUGAAAAGAACAAUAUAAAUAAUAAAAAUCUGCCGAAUGGAGAAUAUGAUCAUAUACCUUCAUACAGAAACGAUUACAAUGAUGAACAGAAAAAAUAUAUGUUUAUACGUACUGUAGAAAAAGAUGUAAUUAAUUUAUUUAAAAAAUAUAUAUUAAUACAUAUAUAUAAUAUAAAUAAAAUACAUGAUCAUGUAAUUAAUAAAAGAAGUAAAGUGAAACAUAUAUUUUUAAAUACUAUAAUAUGUAUAUCUCAACUAACAUAUGAAGGUUUUAAAAUAUUAACAAUUCAUGAUAUACAAAAAUUAACAAAUAUAGUUUCUUCUUGUGUUCAUACUAUUAAAUGUAAUAUGAUCACUGCUUUGAGUAAAUAUAUAAUUAAAUAUAUUUUUACAUUUAAUAAAAAGUUUAUACAGAAUUAUGAAAAAAAAAUUAAUAUGUUAUAUAUGAACUCUACAAAUAUAUAUUAUAAUAAUAUACACACAGCUAAUAAUAAUUAUGACAUACAAAAUGAUGAUUAUAAUAACAAUAAUCAUAUAGACCAAAAACAAAAUGGUAACGUAAAUAUCGUUUUAGAACAGAAGAAUAUUUUUAACAAUAAUUUGAGUGAUAACAAUGAAAAUGUUCAAAACAAAGAGAUAGAAAAGAAAAAUACACAUAUUCAUUUGGAAGAAAAACAUUCUUUUGAUUAUGAUAAUAAAUAUAAAGAUAUGAUCAAAAAGUUGUAUAUUAAUAAUUACGAACAAGUCAAUAAUAAUAUAGAUGAUAAAAAUGACGUUCUUCUACAUACAAAAAUUAAUAAUAACCUUUUUGAUUUAUAUUCAUUAAGGAAGGUGUCAACAAACACAAAACAGGUUACAAAAGAGAAUAAAGAAAAUAAAGAAAAUAAAGAUGUACAAAAUGUACAAAAUAUAGAUACUACAAAUUUAUAUUAUACUAACCAAAUGUGUAACACAAUCAAAAGAGAUAAUAAUAUAGAAUUAGAAAACAGUGUAAACAAUGUUUCUCUUUAUUAUGAUAACGAAAAUGUGUCCAUAUCCGACUAUUCACAAUAUAAAAGUAUAAAUAGAAACAACAACAACAACAACAACAACAAUAAUAAUAAUAGUAAUAAUAAUAAUAAUUGUUGUGAUAAAUAUUUAGAGUUGUAUUAUUUAGAAAAACAGAAAAAUGAAGAGAAAUUAUUUGAAUUAUAUUAUAUAUAUAUCUAUAUUAUUUUACACAUAAUAAAUUUUUAUAAUGACUCUUUUGUAGAUUUAAAAUAUUAUACUUACAAUUGUAUAUGUGAAAUAGCUAGCUCCUAUGUACCUUUUUAUUUUACUCAUAAGAAUAUUAAAACAUUUUCGUAUUAUAGUAAUUAUUCCGGCAAACAAAAUAAUCAAGAUAUUAACAAAUUUAUAGAGUUUAUUAAUGAUCUAGACAUAUCUACAAAUAUUAAUGAACUUAAAUUUUACGACAUACUAAAUCUUGGAAGCAAGAAGGUUGAAUGUGUGCAAAAUAUGGAUCACACACAAACAAACAUAAACAAUAAUAUGAAGAAAAAUAAUAUAAAGAAUAAUAAUAAUAAUAAUAUUGUAUCGUGUAGUGAAGAUGAGGGAAAAAAUAAGAACCAUAAAAAUGACGAAAACGAUAUUAUUAAUAAUAAUAAUAAUAAUGUGAUAAGUGAAAUGCAAGAACAAAACGAUCUAACAUUCUAUUCAAAUAAUAACUUGGCAAAAAUGUUUUCUUCCGAAGAAUUUUCAUCAAAGAAUAUUUUCCUAAUUUCAUACAUUGAAUACAUAUACAUCUUAUUAUUAAUCAUAAAAGAAAAAAAGAACACAGAAAAGGAUAGAGCAAUAUGUUGUAUUAUAAGAUAUAUAGCUUUCAUAUGUAAAAACAUCAAUUUUUUUUUAUUUAAUUCUAUAAAUACUUUGCCAUCAACAUUUAUGAUAAAAUAUUAUUUAUAUUUAAAUAAUGUAAUUCACAAUAUUGAUAUGUCUAAUUUUUUCGUAGCUCAAAGGAAGAAGGAUCCUAUAGAGAUGGAAACAUCAGUUGAUCAUACGGAUAAUCAUAAUAAUAAUGAUAAAAAUAAUAAUAAUUUUAAUAAUAAUAAUAAUUUUAAUAAUAAUAAUAAUUUUAAUAAUAAUAAUAAUUUUAAUAAUAAUUGUAAUAGUUCGAUUAGUAUAAGAUGUGAAGAAAAAGAAAAAAUUAGUAGUGAAGGGAAGGAACACAAUAUAUUAUGCUUGUCUUCUGAGAAGAGAAAAGAAAUAAAUGUGGAGAAUGAAGAGAAUAUACACACAAAUAAAAGAAGCAUGAUAAAUAUAAAUAACAAAAUAAAUCCUACUUAUGGGUUGGAUUUAUAUGAUUAUGAUAAUAAUGUUGAAGAGGAGAAAAAUAAUAAUAUGAAUUCACAUAAUUUAUUAUCUGUAGGUUUUUUUUUGAAUGAAAAAAAGAAAUAUUAUAAAUUGUAUCAUUUAUUUUUAAAUGUAUAUGUAAAAUAUGAAUAUAAAUUUGAAGAGUCUAAUUUUUAUGAAGGUGAAGAAAAAGAAAAAAGAAAAAAUAAUAAUAUAUUACAACAUGAUAUAAAUGGAAAACAUAUAUUUUUUGAAUCUUAUUCAGAAUUAAAGGAAUAUGAAAUACAUCCUAAUCCUAUAAUUAUCGAAAUGAUUGAUGUAUUUCAUUCUGAUAUAUAUAAAUAUACAUCCGAAAAUAAAAAUAAUAAUAAUAAUAAUAAUAAUGAUGAUGUAGAUGGUGAGGAUAAUAAUAAUUAUGAUGAUCAUAAUAAUAAUAAUAAUGUUGAUAAAAAGAUUAUCUUAUAUUUAUUAUCAAUCAUAAAAGAACAUAUAAAGAAUAAAAUAACAUGGAAUGUUUUAUAUGCUUUAAAAUUAAUAUAUAAUAAUUUUUCUUUUUUCUUUUCAUACAAUUUUUAUAAUUUACACAAUAAAAUAUUAGAUAAUUUAAUAUAUACCUUAAGAAACACCAGUGUAUAUAAAAUAAAAAUAUUAUCCUCGUUAGCUUUAAUACAUAUACCUUUAUAUUAUAAUAUUCAAAAGAAUAAAUUAAAAGAUAUGUGGGAAGCAAUUUUAAUAAAUAUGUCGUUUUUUGAUGAACAUGUAAUAAAUGACGGCUUGGUAAUUCCAAAUACUCAGGGUAUACAUAAUGAAAUGAACACAAAUACAAACAUAAACACAAAUACAAAUACAAACAUAAAUACAAACAUAAACACAAAUGCAAAUACAAACAAUAACAUAAAUACAAAUGGUAGUGUGAAUGAUAACACAGGUAUUAAUAGUAACCUUCAAAAUAAUAACAAAGCAUACAACAACAACUAUAUUAGCAUGAGCAAAAAAACAGAACAUAAAUAUAAAUGCACCUUAAAAAUUAAUAUUUGCGAAUUAUUAUAUAUAUGUAUAUAUAGAUCCUAUAUACAUGCUAAUAUUAAUACAGACGUACAAAUUGGAAAUAAUAAUACACACAAAAUUAAUUGUUAUGAGGCCUUUAAAAAAUAUACACACAUUUUUAAUAUUAACAAUGAUAUACAUAUAUAUAACAUGAAUCACAUUUUUAAUAAUCACAUUAUAUAUUAUUCUUUUUAUAACAAGAAAAAGGAAAAACAAUACCAACAUGGUGAUAAUAUACAAAAUAAAAUCAACAUAAACAAUAAAAAUAUUGAUAAUAUGUAUAAUAUUAAUAAUGUGGAUAAUUGUUCAAAUGAUAAUAUAAAGAAAGAACGUCAAAAUUGUGUAAACCAUAUGGACAACAAUUAUUAUGAUAAUAAUAUAUGUGAUCAUUUAAAUAAAGAAAAAAAUUUUAAUAUACAUGAUGAAGAAGUCUUACAAUUUAGAAUUUUCUUAUACCAUCAUCUGGAUAAGUAUCAUAAGGUGUACAAAAAUUUAUUAAGUAGUAAUAAAAACUCAAUAUUUUUGAAUCUAUUUAUGCAGCUACAUGAAGAAAUAAGGCAUUCUUUAAAAGGGAUAAUAAAUAAAAAAUAA